AUGAACAAAACACCUUACCAAAUGUUUUACGAGGAGUUCUAUGAAAAGUUUGUAUCCGGAUGGAAUUGUACAGAGUGCUACAGAAGAUAUAAAGAAUUUGCGAAGGAGAAUGAAUUCUUUGCAUGUAGUUCAAAUGUAUUUGGCGGCAAGAUGAGAGAAUUUGUGAAGAGAAGUAGAAAGCGAGACGGUUCUGCAAGAAGUUAUAUUUACGAAGCAAGUAUGAUAUUAGAAGGUCGUGGAAAGAAAGAAACAGUGAAUUAUGAGGAAGUGCUUGAAAAAUUCAUGGAGUACAUGGGAAGCAAUAUAACAUACAACAAAGACAUAUACAGUGAGUUUAAGUACUACUGUGAACAGCAUGAGAUUGAAGUAAUGAGUAAAGGAGACUUUGAAACGCUUAUGAAAGACAGUAAGGAGGUCGUUCAUGAGAACAGUGUUGAAAUAGUUCAUGAGAACAGUGAGGAGGUCAUACAUGAAUGCAAUGAUGAAAUAGUUCACGAUGUCGUUCGUGAAGAAGCCAUUGCAACAAAGAAUGAUAUAAAGGAUUUCAUAGAACUUAACAAGGAGGAGUUUAAAGAAGGCUAUGAAGUGAAAAGAUGUGAAGAAGAUUUCUUGGCGUAUUUGAAGAAAAAGAGACUAAAGCCAAUGGCUCAAAAUAAGUUUCAAUCGAUGUUUGAAAAGAAACGUUUGAGCUAUGGUGGUGUAAGAAGCACAUAUUACUUUGUUAAGAAGUGA